GUGUUUUGGCUUUUGCAUGGUUUUACAAUAGAUGCUCCUAAAAUGCAYCUAGAUUGCAAAUUGGGGCRUUUUCUCAAAMCCCAAAGUAUUUUAGUAAGACGUCUGUGUUACAUGGAUGUACGUUUUUUGUGUAUUUCACAAAAGAAUGGCCGAAGUAACCAUGAAGAUCGAUCGCCAUUUCAGCCUUCUCAACAGCAGCUUCGAACAGCAAAUAGAUUUUUCGAAAUUCAUGGGCCUAGUGCUGUUUUAGAAGAGUCAGGAGUAAGAAUURCGGAUUUUAAGAAACUAAAACCGCUUCCUGAGGUUGCUUUAUUAGGAAGAACAAGCGUUGGAAAGUCAUCGCUCAUCAACGUUUUACUACAACAUAAGAAACUCGCGAGAAUUUCCAAAAAACCAGGCCAUACAAGACUCAUUAAUUUCUUUAAUGUGGGUGCAAAGUUCUAUGUUGUUGAUCUCCCGGGAUAUGGUUAUGUAGAACGUCUAGGGCAUGGAAGUCGACAUUUUGUUCGUGUUGUUGAGAAUUAUUUAAAACAAAGAUCAGGAAAACAGUUAAAAAGCGUUUGUCUCCUUGUGGAUGGUAAAGUUGGAAUCAAGAAAAAUGAUCUUAUAGCUGUCGAGAUGCUAGAGGAAAUGGAUGCCCCAUAUCAUAUUGCAAUCACAAAGAUGGAUAAAGUCAAUCCUGCACAUCGAGAGUUGAGCUACCGUCAAAUUUCCAGGGAUUUGGGAAAGCCUUCAAUACUUUGUUAUCCACACUAUUUUCCCGUCAGGUAUACAAUUUGUUUCAGUGUUUUCUUGGAAAACAAUACAGGGGUGGAUCCAGCAAUUUACGAAAGCUCUAAGGAACAAACUGGUCUAUCAGAGCUGCGGUAUUUCAUAGGAUUAUGUACUGGUAUAUUUAAAUAGACUGAAAACAAGCUAAAAACGUAACGACUUCUGAAAGAUUCUGUGUCAAUUUGAUUAGCUCAUUGAGCCCAGCGUCGCUCUAAAGUAAUAACCACAGAACUAUUUGAAUUGAAGCUUGAGGCGUGAUUAGUCCUCAAUGAUACAUAACACUUUUAUUUGAAGGUAAAUGUAUGGACUAUAUUCCAUUCAAAUUGUAAAUAAUGUUCGUCGUAUCAAAUUCAUUACGAACACGCGUCAAUAAAUAACAAAAGUUCAAAGUUACAUCGAU